AUGGCAGGAACAGUCUGGACCACACCUGAACAAAAAGACUUCCUUGAGACGUACUAUAGCGGGUUUCUGUUAGUGCAGCUACAGGCAAAGGUUUCCCAGUACUGGGAUCCAAUAUACCUUGAAUGGUUCAAAAGAUGGCCUGAAGAGGAUGUAGUAUUUAAAAAUACUCCUGCCAGUGAUCCCCGUACAGACGAGGAAACUAAAGUUCUGAAGGCAGCAGUUCAGAAGCGGAGACAGCAAAUACGAACCUGGUUCAACUAUAGGUCCCAACGAAGUGGCCGUUCAGCUGUGAACGCGAUGACUAAAGUCAUCCAGAAAACGUUAACCAAUAAAGCCAAAGGAACUCGGGUUCAUACCCCUGCCGAGAUCUUUUCGACCAUUGCCUAUAAGGAGGAAGUAAAAGAGCGGGUUCAAGACACCAUUAAGUCCGGCGAGCUCGUGACUAAACAGGAAAAAUUGUCAGCUAUUCGAAAACUUACACGCGAAGCAUACAAAGCCGCACCGCCAGAAGUCCAAGCUUUGUGUGAGGAGAAGGUCCGAGAAGAGCACAAAGCGAAAGUCGCAUUUAAUGUGCAAAAUGAAAAAUCUGCACCUACCAAUAAACAGUAUGCAACCGCUCUCCAGGAGUGUACUGCUCCCAUUGCGCAGUUCUUGCAAGUCAUCAAGGACAUGACAGGGUGGGAAUGGACUGUUAUGGGUGCUGGGCCUGACCCUCAUCUUGGUGGCCAACUAAAUGCGAUGAGUUACCAUACAGGAGUGAAUGGGGAUGGACACAAUUGGAAGCAAGCCACCCCAAAAUUCGUUGAGAAGCAUCUCAAUCCAUACUUGGAAUUUGUUGGAACACUGUUUCCCGAGCAUGUCAGAAAGUCUCGUGCCAUUGACGUUGUCGCCCCACUCGCAAACAGUCUAUCACCCACGACUUCAAUCGCGAACGGUCUACCACCCACGAUUUCAUCUCCCUCGGGUGAAGGAUCUGGGUCACUGGAGGGUGCAUCAUCAACCGUGACUCCAGCAUCACAUGGAACUGCCCUGCAUGCCCCCCUUACACUCUCGGACACCCUGCGAGGUGUCGACUCGUCUCAGAUGCAGGGACUUAUGCCUUUCAGCAACCCCCUGGGUGAAGGAUCUGGGUCACUGGAGGGUGCGUCAUCGACUGUGACUCCAGCAUCAUAUGGAACUGCCCUGCAUGCCCCCCUCACACUCUCGGACACCCUGCGAGGUGUCGACUCGUCUCAGAUGCAGGGGCUUCUGCCUUUCAGCAACCCCCUCGGCCUUACCGUUGACAACGAAAUGUCCACCGACUUCGGCACUGACAUCUCCAUGUCCCUCAAUCCAUAUGACGCCUGCUUCACCAGCACAUCAGCAUCUAACUACGAUUUCACCUUACCUGCCCGCUCCUUGUCAUCCAGCGAAAAUACACCAGCACACACUAUGGGAGACACAAGCGCCGGCCUUACCUUUGACAAUCAAAUACCCACUGGCUUUACCACCGACACCUCCAUGUCUUUUGAUCCCUAUGACGCCAGUGUACCCAGAACCCCGGCAUCUAACUUCGAUUUCAUUUUGCCUGCCCACUCCUUAUCAUCCGGCGCAACCACCCCAGCGUCCACUAUGGGAGACUCAUUGCCAGAUCUUACUUUUUCAUCCAGUCCAAUGCCAUCAUCUAGUCCAAUGCCGGAAACUCCCAUUACCUCAUGGAGGAAACAGACGUACAGUACAUCCGCAUCUGCCCUCAUGACACCCCCUCGCCUUCGCUUCCGCACUACAUCCGCUAUUGCUACCCCAUUACCGUCUUUUGCCCCCUUGCCGGUAUCAACGGAAAAGUAUAACUUCAGUUCUUCUGCAUACCCGCCUGAUCCUCCAGUGGUUCCAGCCGCUGGAACAGCUCAGGUUUUGGCGCCACCAGUAGUAUCCUCUGCUAGCGGUUCCGGCUGUGCUGGGGACUUGGAUUCUGCUCUUGCGCCCUCCACUGUUGAGGUUGCCCAGGUUUCAGAACAGCCGGCGCUCCUCCCUUCUGAUGUUGGUAGUGCAUCGGGCUCCGCUGUGCAAGCCGAUGACGUAGUUGCUCCUGCUGUUAGGAAGACAAAGCGCGUGCGCCAGCAGACGACACGUUUGGCACAGGCUGAUAGCAUAGGUGGCCAUUCUCAAAAGAGGAGGAGAAAGGCUAUGUGA